CCAGAUCUCAAACAGCCCAGCGGCCUGAACGACUGCCAUGCGUCCGAUGCAUCUCGCUAUUUUACAACCAUCCUAACUACCCCUUCUUGCUCAUCGAAGUUGUUCCUCAUUUUCCGGCCAAAUGGCUGGCGUCGAAAGUGAGCCCCAUCAAGCCGACUCCAUUUCUGAUCGCGACCCGCAUCCGCAGAGUGUCUCGGAGGAUGGAGUGGAAGAGACGGAGCACGAAAACACUGCAGAACAACUUUCUACUGAAGCAGAUGCAAACCAUGCGGUCACAAUAACAGUGCAAGACGCGGACGCCGACCAGGGUGAGGAUGACGGCGAGGAUAAGACGCUGGCAGAUGAGCCGCAGGACCAAGUAGGCGACCGUGAAUCAGAAGAUGAGAGAACAACAGCGACAGAGUCUCAAUCAGGCUCCGGGGAGGUGGCUGAUCUUCACGAACAACUAGGGGGUUCCCCAUCCGAUACUACGGCCGACCAGGAUGCUUCACAGAUUCCGCAAGAACUCAAGGUGGAAACCACGUCGACGCCAUCACAAGACGACGGCGCUUCCCUACGCCAGCAGGAGGCACCUCCAGACGUCCGGCCCGUAAGGUCUGAUUCAAGGUCCACAACCCUAUCACGUCCUUCACCAGUCAACUCUACAGUCUUCGUUGUCAGCGCGUUGGAGACUAUUGGCGCAGCCAAGGAGGUGCGCAGGAACAAAGAAUUCACUGAUGCUGUCCAAGCGGCUCUGGCAAACGUCAGAAAUACUGAGCAAGCAGUCAACCCCGAAACCAUCUUCCGUCCGUUGCAGAUGGCCACAAAGUCGUUCAACGUGCCCCUGCAGGUGACCGCUUUGGACUGCAUUGGCAAGCUGAUUAGCUACUCGUACUUUGCAUUCCCAGCUGUCGCGACAAAUAAUGCAGGUGGGGCAGAUACACCGCCGCUGAUCGAGAGGGCUAUCGAGGCCAUUUGCGACUGUUUUGAGAAUGAAGCGACCGCCGUCGAGAUCCAGCAGCAAAUUAUCAAGUCCUUGCUCGCAGCAGUACUGGAUGACAAGAUAGUAGUGCAUGGUGCUGGACUUCUGAAAGCUGUCCGCCAGAUAUACAACAUUUUCAUCUAUUCCAAGUCUAGCCAGAACCAGCAAGUCGCCCAAGGUUCGCUACUGCAGAUGAUCGCGACAGUUUUCGAGAGGGUCAGAGUCAGAAUAGACGUCAAAGAGGUUCGUCUCAGGGAGCAUGCGUCGAAGUCUGAGGAGACGCUGCCGAGCGAUGCGACCAUGUUCGAACAUGCUGGACUUAAUGGUUUGACUGAACAGGUGGACACUCCCGAUCAAGGAACUCCGCCUCAGCUUUCAGAAGGAUUAACGCAACCCCAGGAGAAGCUGACUUUGCAAAGCUUCGAGAAUAACAAGCACCUCGAUGAUGCGGUUGUCGCCGAUUCAGCACCUACGACAGUCACACGAGCCAAGCGGGAGCGUAACAAUACCCGUUCCAGCUCCGGACCUGUUGGGAGAACAAGUCUGCAGGAAGACCGUGACGAGGCCGAGGAAGAUGAAGACGACAUUUACAUCAAAGACGCCUUCCUUGUGUUCCGAUCGUUGUGCAAACUCAGCCAGAAAGUUUUGAGUCACGACCAGCAACAGGAUCUCAGGACUCAAAACAUGCGGUCGAAGCUCUUGUCACUGCACCUAAUCUAUCAUGUCAUCAACAACUAUACGGCGGUGUUCACUUCUUCUUUUUCGACUAUAAAGAGCGGCAACAAUGAUGAAAAUACCCCAUUUCUGCAGGUGGCCAAACCACAUUUAUGUCUCAGCCUUUCACGAAACGCAUCGAGUUCCGUAGCACGGGUAUACGAAGUAUGCUGCGAAAUCUUCUGGCUUUCUCUGAAACACAUGCGUGUUCUGCUAAAGAAAGAGCUCGAAGUCUUCUUGAAAGAGGUCUACCUUGCGGUGCUGGAAAGGCGAAGUGCACCUCAAUUCCAAAAGCAGAAGUUUAUGGACGUCCUAGAGCGAUUAGCGAAUGAUCCCCGAGCCCUUGUCGAAGUCUACCUCAAUUAUGACUGCGAUCGCACCGCACUGGAUAACAUGUACCAAGAGAUUAUUGAGCACUUGUCCAGAAUCUGCAGCAAUCCUGUUGUGAUAACAUCAGUGCAACAACAUCAGUACCAAGAGCAACAAGCGAAAUCGCCCGCAUCACACUCCGAGUGGAACUCCAAGGGCUCUCUACUGCCUACCUUGACGACUUUAGCACUCAGUCAUCCACCGCCUCCUCCACCCCCGAUCGCUGUUGAAUACGCUCUCAAACAGCAGUCGCUUCGUUGUCUCAUUGAUAUCCUGACGUCGCUGGACAAUUGGUCCAGUCAGGAUUCUCCUGAUCGACCUAAUGGAUCGCGUUAUCCAGCUUCGAAAGGGUCGUUCGAGGACUCAAGAGAAUCUCUCGACUAUGGCGAGAAGCCUCCACCAUCGCCUCGAAUACCUAGUUUUGUCUCCUCCUCUGGCGUGUCCACUCCCGUAGCGGAAGAUGAUCCUGACGAGAUCGAGAAAGUCAGGCAACGCAAGUCUGCUCUAAACGAGGCAAUAAGACAAUUCAAUUUCAAACCCAAACGGGGGAUCAAGGCCCUUUUAUCUGAAGGCUUCAUUCAGACCAAUAGUCCGCAGGACAUAGCGAAGUUUCUCUACGGCAAUGACAGACUCGACAAGGCGAUGCUUGGAGAAUUCCUUGGUGAAGGCGAUGAGCAGAACGUCGCAAUCAUGCAUGCAUUUGUCGACCUCAUGGACUUUAGCAAGCGGCGCUUUGUGGACGCUCUCAGGCAAUUCCUGCAAAGCUUUCGGCUUCCUGGAGAAGCUCAAAAGAUCGAUCGAUUUAUGCUCAAAUUCGCUGAACGCUACUUGACCGGCAAUCCGAAUGCUUUUGCAAACGCGGAUACCGCCUAUGUGCUUGGGUAUUCGGUUAUCUUGCUCAAUGUUGAUCAGCACAGUACAAAAAUGAAAGGACCAAGAAUGACAGUGGAUGACUUCAUCAAAAAUAAUCGUGGGAUUAACGAUGGUCAAGAUCUACCUGCGGAUUACCUGUCAAGGAUUUAUGAGGAGAUAGCCAGUAAUGAGAUUGUCCUGGCUUCCGAACGAGAACAUGCUGCAGACAUGGGUAUUGCAACUGCCGCUAUGCCAGCUGGGCUAGCCUCCAGGGCUGGCCAGGUUUUUGCAAACGUCGGAAGAGACCUGCAGAAAGAGAAGUAUGCACAAGCUUCCGAGGAAAUGGCCAACAAGACCGAACAGCUGUAUCGGAGCCUCAUCAGAGCACAGAAGCGAUCCGCUGUCCGGGAAGCCUUGUCGCGAUUCAUCCCGGCAACCUCCAUUCAGCAUGUCGGACCUAUGUUCAAUGUGAGUUGGAUGUCCUUCUUAUCGGCAUUUUCGAGUCAAAUGCAGGACGCCCAAAACCUCGACCUCAUCAAACACUGCCUGGAUGGCCUGAGAUUGGCCAUAAGGAUAUCUUGCCGCUUUGACUUGGAGACACCGAGAGUCGCUUUUGUCACGGCGUUGGCAAAGUUCACCAACCUGAGUAAUUUGAAAGAAAUGAUGGCCAAAAAUCUGGAGGCUCUAAAAGUCCUGAUUGAGGUCGCCUUAUCCGAAGGCGAAUUGCUGAAAUCUUCCUGGCGGGAGGUCUUAAUGUGUAUUAGCCAGCUUGAUAGGCUCCAGCUGCUGUCUACCGGCAUCGACGAAGGUGUCAUACCAGAUGUCACACGGGCAACCAUCCCGACACCUUCCAAUGCCAAGGACAACAACCGAAGUCGAAGGUCGAUGCAGGCUCCCAAACGUCCUCGACCAAGAUCUGCACACAGUUUCCGACCAGAAGUUGCGGACGAGACGAAGUCCACCGAUAUGGUCCGUGGUGUGGAUCGGAUCUUCACGAACACGGCGAAGUUGUCCUCGGAAGCAAUCGUGGAUUUUGUCCGAGCCCUCAGCGAAGUUAGCUGGCAGGAGAUCCAGUCGUCGGGCAACAGUGAGUCUCCAAGGACUUACAGCCUUCAGAAACUGGUUGAGAUAAGCUAUUACAACAUGACUAGAGUGAGAAUAGAGUGGACACGGAUAUGGGAAGUCUUGGGGGAGCAUUUCAACCAAGUUGGCUGUCACAACAACACCGCUGUCGUUUUCUUCGCGCUUGACUCCCUUCGACAACUUUCGAUGAGGUUUCUGGAGAUCGAGGAACUGCCCGGAUUCAAGUUCCAGAAAGAUUUCCUUAAACCUUUCGAGCAUGUCAUGGCAAACAGCACCGUCGUCAUAGUCAAAGACAUGGUGUUGAGAUGCCUCAUACAGAUGAUCCAAGCUCGAGGAGACAACAUCAGGUCUGGCUGGAAAACGAUGUUUGGUGUUUUCUCCGUUGCGGCCAGGGAGCAGUACGAGGCAAUCGUCAACAUUGCUUUCGACUAUACUACGCAAAUCUACAACACUCGAUUUGGUGUUGUGAUAUCGCAGGGCUCAUUUCCGGAUCUCAUCAUCUGCCUCACGGAGUUUUCUAAGAAUCUGAAGUUCCAGAAGAAAUCCCUUCAAGCCAUUGAAUUGCUCAAGUCGACGGUGCCUAAAAUGCUGAAGACUCCUGAAUGCCCCCUUUCGAGACGGCAUCGCAAAGCUGAGUCAGACACUUCCGGCAUUGUGGCAGGAGUCAAGCAGCCGACGUCGCAGACUGAGGAAGAACAGUUCUGGUACCCAGUUCUGAUUGCCUAUCAAGACGUGUUGAUGACAGGGGAAGAUUUAGAAGUUCGUUCAAGAGCUUUGAACUAUCUUUUCGAGACACUAAUCAGAUAUGGCGGAGACUUCCCAACCGACUUCUGGGACACUCUGUGGCGUCAAGUGCUCUAUCCAAUCUUCGUCGUCCUGCAAUCAAAGUCGGAAAUGUCCAAAGCUCCCAACCACGAAGAGCUAUCGGUGUGGCUGUCCACGACCAUGAUUCAGGCUCUUCGGAACAUGAUUACCCUGUUUACACACUACUUCGAUUCACUGGAACACAUGUUGGACCGGUUUUUGGAUUUGUUGACACUGUGUAUAUGUCAGGAAAACGACACUAUAGCUCGGAUAGGCAGCAACUGCCUACAGCAACUGAUUCUUCAGAAUGUCACCAAGUUCAAGCCGGAGCACUGGUCCCGGAUUGUGACAGCAUUUGUCGAACUGUUCAACCGCACUACAGCUUAUGACCUCUUCUCCGCUGCUGCCACCAUGUCUGAUGCGCGACCUACCCCCUCGACUGAUGGAGCUGACGGUCUGAGUAUUUCCGGGGCCGCAAUUGUCGAGACUCCGACAGCGAACGGCGCACCGACUGAAUUACCACUUGCAAGUCCUCCUUCGGAUGCUCAGGCGGAUCCUGUUGGUGCCACACCCGAAAUUCCUCACACUCAGACCACACACGAGCUGGAAGACUACCGUCCCCAAUCUGACAUGCAGGCUCCUGCGCCAGUAGUGACAGCUGCACGCCGACGCUUCUUCAACAAGAUCAUCACGAAUUGCGUUCUCCAAUUGCUUAUGAUCGAGACGGUGGCCGAACUCUUCUCCAACGAUUCCGUCUACGCUCAAAUUCCGUCACCGGAACUUCUGCGGCUUAUGACUCUGCUGAAGAAAUCCUACCAAUUUGCAAAGAAAUUCAAUGGUGACAAAGACUUGAGAAUGGCGCUAUGGCGGCAAGGAUUCAUGCGACAGCCACCCAACUUGUUGAAACAAGAGUCUGGAUCCGCCAAUACUUAUGUCAGUAUCUUGCUGAGAAUGUAUCACGAUGAGGGCGAGGAGAGGAGGUCAAGCAGGGAGCAAACCGAGGGAGCAUUGGUACCGUUGUGUGCGGACAUCAUUCGCUCUUUUGUCCUGCUCGACGAAGAAACUCAGCAGCGGAAUAUCGUUGCGUGGCGACCCGUAGUCAUUGAUGUGCUGGAAGGAUACACGAAUUUCCCCAAGGACAGCUUCCAGAAGCAUCUUGAUACCUUCUAUCCUCUCGCAGUCGGAUUGCUGGAGAAAGAAGUCAACAAUGACCUUCGGUCGGCUCUUUGGGGUAUGUUCCGUCGCGUUGGUGAGGUGAACUUUGGAAUGCCCGAGUUUGUCAUGACUCGAGGCCGAGACGGCAGUGUGGGCUCGACGAGGAAUGGUAGUGUAAGUGCCACGCCUACGAGUCCUGGGCAUGCCUCCACGACGUUCGGUUAUGGACCUCGUGGGAGGAGAGGGAGUAGAGCCAGCCGGACGGGACCAGUAUGAUUACCAGUAUAGUACCAUUACUGAUGGUACACUUUUCAUACCAUCACCAUUCCUUGGUACAGUACCUUACCGAGGUAAUAUUAAAAGUGUGAAGGCCAGGGCAGUUGAGUUAGGCUUCCUGUACGGAGUAGUAUGUACUACGGUAGCCACGGGGCGAAGACUUGAUCUGAUCCCCGACUUUGUUACACCUGGGCGUGCAUCGACUUGUGUUCAUCUUUGAGGUUGACAAUUCAAGGGGGGUUGGCAGAACAGGCCGUGGACUUCCAGUGGUGGAGUCAGCAAGCGGUACACGAAGCUCUGGCUGUGUUGUGUAUGAGAGAGGCAUUGAAAACCGCACGAAUUUUACAUUACAUGUACUCCGUAUUCGGGGCACGAUACUACUGUUAGGUAG